UUGGCUGAUUGUACUUUUACAACUGGAUUGGUUGUUGAAGGGACGAUUAAAAUAGAAAAUUCGAUGAAUGGUCAGGACAUUAAAGCAGUUUUAGCUGAUAUUGUGUAUGAGAAAGGAAGUGAUGAAGAAAUUGUCAUAACAGGUCCAAAAGCAUUUAAAAGUCUCCAGAUUCGAAAGGAGGCUUUAGUAUUAUCAAAUUACAUCGAUAAUGUCGAAAUAGACAGCAUAAUGACUACAACUGGUAAUCAGCAAGUUACUUUAAAUCAACUUUAUGGCAAUAUUUAUUUCUCGAAUCUUAAAAUGUCUGGAUUAUUCGAUGGAAUCAAUGCAACUGAAUUAGAAAUGAACAGCAUAAGAACUUUUGGAGAUCAAUUUGUUCAAACACCACUUGCUGUGUCCAAUCAUCUUAGCUCUAGUUCUAUUGAUGUAAAGGAGUCAGCAAAUGAUGUUUUGGUCAGUGACUUUUACUUCAUCGAUGAUCAAAUUCAUUUUAAUUCCAAUAUGAAGAUUGGGAUGCUCGAUUUGAGUGUUAAUAACAUUAAAGUUAUUAAUGAUAUUGUUGGAACUGGUUUGCUUACAAGUUUGGAUCUAAAAGACUUUGAGAAAAAUCAUUUAAGUAGAAGUUUAGAGCAAAAUAUCAUAUAUCCAGUAAAAGUCAAUAAAUUAAUUGUUGGAGACAUGUUUAAUGCAAAAAUCAUUAAUGGGAUGCUUUUUGAGACAUUUAGGGAUUAUUUAAUGAAUCUUAAGGACUUUAAGAAGAACUUACUGUCCGGAAAACACAAAUUGGAUAACUUAAUAAUCGAUGGAAAUGUCAAUCUUCGAUACAUUAACGACAAAGACUUUGAAUUCAUUAAAAAUCACGUAAUAUGGUUAAAUAGGCCCAACAACGUCGAGGCUGCUUUACAUUUCUUGGAUUCUACUGAUGUUUAUGAAGGAUUAACUGUCCAAAGUUUUAUGAAUAGAAAGAACUUUUCUGACUUCCUCGACAACUGGAUCUCAAAAACUCAAGAUCCAAUAAUAAUUAAUUCUGAUAAAAUUGCUGGAACUUCUGUGAUGGUUGAGGAAAAUAUGGAUGUGGAUAAAAUCAACAAUAUUCCGUAUGAUAAUAUCUUUAGGAAGGAAGACUUGAUUGAGACGCGUUAUUUGAAAAUAGCAGGAACUGUUAAUGUCAACAAACUUUAUGUCAAGGAUAAAUUUAAUCAGAAAUCAGCACAAGACCUAGAAAAUGUGUAUCUUUAUGAAAAAGGCAGCAUGACUCAUACAAUUAAUUCUGAUGUCAAGUUUGUCCAGAAUUCAAACAUAAGAAACUUAAAUACACCAUUCCUGAAUAAAUUGAAUGUCAGCUAUUGGCUGAGUGACUUAAUAAGGUAUAAUGACCAAAACAUUUACGUUAAAGGAGCUAAAUCCUUUAGAAGUCCAGUUAUGGCUGAAAAGGGCUGUUAUAUCGAUACAUUCAAUGAAUUAAAUGUUAAGAAUAUGAUGCAGAAUAUAGUCAUCAUGAAGAAGAAUGAAAUUGUUAAUAUCCACAGCAAUAUUCAGUUACUGGAUGAUUUUUAUGCUGAACUUGUUGGAUUAAAAGGGAAUUUGACGACUGACUUUAUCGAUGGAAUUAAUUUACACGAAUGGAUUCAUAAUGCACUGCCGAUUCAUCUAGAUGUUGAGUAUGAAAACACUUUAAUUACUGAAUCGAGAUUUAUCCAAGCUUCAAAUCUUAAGGUUAAAGCUAUAAAUGGAGUUCCAUUCAACAAUUUCUUCACGCUUCAUACAAAUCAGACAUUUGAUUAUAAUAUCGUGGUAGAAGGGGCAGUAAACGUCACAAAUCCAAUGAUUGUUAAUGGUCUUGUUAAUCAGAUAAAUCUUAGAACUGAAAGGGAUAAUACUGUCAUGCUUUCCGAUAAAAGCCAAGAAAUCUACACCGAUAUUUUCCUGGAAGAUGCCUUAGUCCUUAAUUCAGUAACUGCCAAUGGACUCGUAAAUUCUAAAAAUAUAGCAAAUAUUGCCGUCCUUAAUUCUUCACCAAAUUUUGACUCGUCACUUACAUUCAUCAAUUUGGAAGCAUCAAAUCUGGUUAGUGACGAUCGAAUAUCAUCAAUUAAUUUUACAAAAUGGUACGAGAAUGCAUUGUGGAAGAAAGGCAAGGAAGUUCAGCAUAUUUAUGGCAAUUGGAGGCUUCAAACUAUUUAUUUAGAGAAUAAUGUUUUUGGCAAUGGAUUAAUUAAUGGACAGCCAAUAAAUGAGAUUGAAAAGAAUCUUAAUAAGAAUGUCCACGAGAUUGAAAUGGCACUGACAAAUUAUUCUGUCGAAUAUAGAAGUAUGUGUGAGAAAUUGCAGUAUAGAGCUGAUGACAUUUCUAAAAGCUCAAUUUAUGUCCUAAAAUAUUUUGAGGAAGCUUUUAAGAUCAUUGAAUACGGAAAUAUCUUCUCAUAUUUUACAUUUACGACGAAAAAGAACCGUAAUUAUCUCCUAGUCAAUACAAACUGCACAACAAAUAUCUACAAAUGGAAGCGAAGUCAGGAACAGUUUGUAAAAUUAAGCACAGUUGAAACUGGUGUAAUUUACAGUUGGAAUAAAUUGGAACCAGAAAAUAGCCAUGACGUGUUCAUCAUAACUAAUUCUAAAAUGUCUGCGAAUGCUCCGUGCUUGUAUGGUGGAACUAAUUCGUGGAAAAUGGUCAAAGACAACUUGAUUCACAUCUCCUCAAUUUCCUAUGAUACAAAUGUUUUGGAACUUUUUGUCCAUCCACUAAAUUCUUACAGUUUCUAUGCAUUAGAUAAUCUCGAUCAUGUCACAAAUUACAAUAUUACUGGCCAAAUUGUAGAGAAAUGGAAACUUCCUGUCGAAAAUUCAACUUAUAGCUUCCUUUCAGCUGACAUUUUGGGUGGAUUAAAUCUCAAUAAUGGACGUAAAAUUUAUUCUCUAGAUUCAACAUCAAUAAGGCGUCGACAAAGAUCAGUAUAUUCUGAUGCACAAAUAAUGACAGUUUCUAGAGCUAAAGCACAUUCAAAUGACUCGCCUACAUACACGCUUAAAAAGCCAGAUUUUCAUUUAUAUCCAAAUUCCAAUUAUACAGUUCCAUUGAUUCCUUCUAAGCCUGUAAAAACCACAAAAAGAAUUGAUUUUAUGAGUAAAGUUAAAGAUGCUGGUGAUGUGAUUCGUAGAAGCUUUAAUCUUCAAACUGCUUACCUUUCGCCUUCAUCGAAUGCUUCUAAAAUAGCAAAAGUUAAUGGAUCUGAUGACAAGCUACUCUUUGCCUUUAAAUCUCCAAAUGUUACAGCAUUGCGUGAGAAAAUGGUUAUUAAUGCGGCAAAAACAACUUUAGUAAGGAACGAUAAAGUUGAGAAUGAAAAAUUUAUGGUUGAAAAAUUAAAGGAACUUGAAGAUGCUAUCAAAAAUGAUAUAAAAGAUAGUGACAAUUUACAAGCUGUUACAGACAGUCCAAAAAUGGAAGAAAAUCAAACUGAGCCUAUUUAUAGCUUCUCACCAAGAAUUAUCAUGAAUGAUGAAAAUAAUGAGCAAGGAGCUAGCACAACAGAGAGAAUUGGACUAGAAAAUGUUUUCAAUUUCGAGCCAAUUGUCGAAGCUGUUAUGAUCAAUGGAGAAGGCGUUAGAGAUACAGAAAAUAAUAUAAUUCCUGAACAUGGACAAGGUGAAAUUGCUGUGCUUAAUGUUGGAACAAAGAAGAAUAGAAAGACACUUUAUGCUGUUUCUAGAAAACGAACCUCUGUAAUUCAAGGAAAUAAUGUUAUUGAGAUUUACAGUGACAUCAUAAAUGAGAAAGUCUUUCAAUACAUUGUGUGUACAGAUCCAUCAAAUAUUCAUCCUCUGCACUUUCGAGAUGAGACUUUAUUGGCUUUCAUGGAAAGUCGAAGAGAAGUUAAAAUUUAUAUUUAUCGAGGCAUUCAAGGUUUCACGUUGUUUAAGAGCAUAUCUCUUCCUGAUUAUGCUUAUCAGAUGUCUUCAGUCACAUUGCCACCUAAAAUUCAAUACAAAUGUGAUUAUCGAUACCUAGUCUUUCAUUUUGAGAGAGAACUGUUGUUUAUGUCUAUCAAAGUUGAUGGAAAUUGUGGAUUGAGACAUAUUGAAUGUGAUGUAAUGUUACAGGUCUUGGAAGUUUGUGUUUAAGUCGAUAUUCAAGAUGAGAGUAGUCGUAUUUUCCAAGAUUAUUGAUAAACGUGUUCUUAUGACUGUC